GUGUUCUGAAACCUACAUGACAUAAACUAACUGAAAAGCUCUAAAAAUGGGUGUGAGCAGGCUGUGGUCAUACCUGAAAGCCAAUGAAAGCUCUGUCUUAACAGAGGUGGACCUGGUCCAGGUGGCUAAAGAGUACCCAGGUGGGAUGAAACUUCUCGUGGACUUCUACUGCUGGGAGCACUUUAUCGCCAGGUGUUUGCGCGAGUCUCUGAUUGAAGUGACAGGCAACCCACACCUGGUAUUCUCAGGUGGGGAGUACAAGCUGAUGCAUGAGUUCCUGACAAAUUUAAUUCAGGAAUUCAGAAACGUUAAUAUUGAGUUGGUGUUUUAUCUCGAUGGAGCCAAAGGCAGCGCGCACUUCUCAACUAAGCACAAACUGAAUACAUGGAAGAAGCGGUAUUUUGAAGAGCAAAGGAGACUGGUGAGGUGUUUUGAAUAUCUGCGUGGUCAGAUACCUGUGUCUGAAAUUGACAGAGAUCAUUUGACACGCCCAUGCCUGCAGGAAGUACAGAAUGUCUUGACAAUACAGGAGGCUGGGUGUGAGAUUCACCUGCGUGUUUCAGGGGAAGCAGAUUUUGCAUUGGCUAAACGUAUGGUUGAAGAUGACAGGGUCUACGCAAUCCUCAGCAACGACACAGAUUUCUGUAUCUUCCCAAACUGUGUUUAUCUGUGUCUUGACUAUUUCGACAUCCACAAUGAUCUUGGGCUACGUCUCAACACCUUAAAACCCCAACGUCCUGAAAAACUUAUUUGUGGUGUUAUACAUACGGAGAGUAUUAUGAGGUUAUUAAAACUUCCAAAUCACCAGGCCUUGGUAGAGUUGGCUGUGAUAGGGGGCAAUGACUUCACAUUACCCUUUCUCUUAUCCAACCCAGUGUUCAAAAGUCAGUAUUUUGGUCAGUUUGAAAGGCUGGCCUAUUUGAUUAAUGGGUACGGGUGCGUGGAGAGGUGUGAAUUCUUUGGUACGUUGAUGGCCCAGAAUCAAAGCUUUUGUGACGCUGUCAAUCACGCGCGGCAGUUCUAUUCACUGACUCUAAAGGACGAGGAGGAAGAACAGACAGGCUACAUCUUCAACCUGAUCGCAGAUGGAAUAAGGUCAGGCAAGAUGCCCAGCACCAUCGUGUCCAUGCACCAAGGGACUUACUGGCACAGGCAGGUUCUAGAAGACCCUACACCAGGGAGACCUGUGGCUGAGGUAGCCCUUCAAACCCUCCGCUCCUACGUCUACAAGAUGCUGCUGCCCCGCGGCAAACAGUCAGUCCUAGAGUUGGGGCGGACACCACACAAGCUGAUGCUAGAGAUGGAGGUUGUAAAAAGUGAUGAUGGCUGGGUUCCCUCCCUUGCACAGGUGAGGAAAAAUGGAUAUCACCUGAACAAGCAGCUCUUUGAGAUGAUCAUACAGCAUCAGGAGAUUUGUGCUUUAGACCAGGAGAAUUCCUACUUCAAGGUGUACGGACUGCGCAUGGGGUUCCUGUGUUUCCUACUGCGCUACUUCCUGUUGCUGAACUGGGACAGAAAUCUGUUUCUCACGCCUGAAGAGUUCUAUGUUGUCGUAGCGUGGGUGCUGGGCGUGCACGAGGAUGAGCACUACCUGCGGAUGAAAAUUGUACCAAGCCCGCGCUGUGCUACGGUUGGGAGUUGGAUGCAGGUGGUCUAUAGAAAUGCUUACGCUUUUUUGGCGAAUAUUUUGGGUAUCUCUCGAGACUUUCCCGCCCCUAAGGAUCUUUUUUCAGGAGCAGCCUGGGUAGUACUGUAUACAGCCUGCGCUGUUAAUGAUCCUGACCCAACCUAUAGGGAGCCCAUGCCACUCAGUGUAAAGGUGGAGCAUUUGAAGACUGCCAGACAAAUCGUCCUGAACAUCGUUAAAGACAACAGGCAUAUUGUGAAGAACAUUGUCAGAGGACUUUUUCCUUUGGAGAUUUGAACACUUAUUUUUAAACUGCUGUAGACUGGAUUGUAUUAGUCACACUUUGUAAUGGCUUCUGGCUUUGGGUACUGUGUUGAAGAUCAAGGCUAUCAUCCAUUAGUCCUAGGUUCAAGGUCAUAACUGUCAACCUAGCCGAAAGGGUUGUUGAUAAAUUAAAAGUUAUUUGUUUUUGUUUUAAACAGUUUAUACUAAUGGCAAUUAACUUUUAAAUUUGAAAGCUUUUAAAACCAAUCUCAUUGGUUGUGCGCCUUGUGUGUUAAUUCCUCUUUGUCACAGGCUUUUCUCCUACCUUUUUCAUGGCACACACUCAAAACAAAAAUCAACCCUUGUUUUGUUAAUUUCCAUAAUUUUAUUGGUUCAUAGGAACAUUGUCUUCACUCCCAAACAUCGCCAUGUUGUUCCCGCGCUAUCUACCUCUCGCUUCCUUUCCUUCGCGCAUGCGCACACCCAUCCUAUAUUUUAUAUUCAUAUCGCCUUUUUAAGAUACACACUCGAAACAUACAUUUAACUGUUACACUCUUCUAUCCUGAAGGUUGGUUAAGUAAUAACUCAAUAUUUCUAGUACUUGAUCAAUAUUUGCUGUAAUAUUUAUAUUUCAAUACUAAUUAGAAAUGCAGUGUUGGCUAAAAAUACCAAGAGUAACAAUACAAUGUAAUAUGAUAUGUAACUAAAGUUCUUUGUAAUUGUGGUGUUAAAUUUCAAAUUAUAAUUAGCUUAAUUACAUCUAUAAGGUAUGGUUAUUAAUUAUAUUUAUGUAUGUUUUAAAAUUUCAAAAAGGAUAUGAUUACAGGUUUAGAAAAAUGUUUGAAAACUAUAGGUUACUACAGUUUAAAACCUGUUAAUGUAUGUUUAAAAAAAAUGUCUUUUUUGACUCUGCUUUAAUUUGUAAUUCUACUUUAUUUUUGUAAUAAAGUAGGAAAGGAA